CAACAGCGACAAAAGGCUCCUGGUUUACCCACGCGGAGCUUUGCUAGCGAACAUAAAACUGAAACAUUGAAUCUCUUUAGACCAAUCUUGUGUACAUUACUCUUAGUGUUUUGAACAUAAUUCUGUUUACCUAUCGACUGGUUAAUUUAAACGUAAUUUGCUUGUUAAAUUAGCAAAUGUGUUACAUUGAUACUGCACUAGACUAAUUGUCCGGAGCACAAACUCACUAAUCUAGACGGAGAAAGAAACUGGUGAAAGGAGAGGAAGAAGCUUGAAGAAUGAAAAAGGAGGCUAUCACAUUGAAACAAGAGGAUGAUAUUACAGUGAAAGAGGAAUAUGGGAAAGAGGUUGUCAAAGUGGAAAAAGAGGAGGUAGAAGCUUUCAGAAUCAAAAAGGAGGAAGAUGCCGUAAAAUUGAAAGAAGAGGAAGAACCUUUUGGAGUAAAGGAGGAUAUCUCAAUGAAAGAGGAGACUGAAUAUCCGAUUACCACCAAAGAGAGACAUGACUAUCGUGGAUCCUCUGGGGAGCCUCAACAACAUCCUGAUGCUGAUGAGGCAGAGAAGAGUCUCUCCAGUUCAGAACACCAGAUGGACAACGCUAGCCCUUCCACCCUCCCGGAGUCCCCGUGUCAUGCCUCUCCCGGUAGUGCCUUACUGCUGGAUAUGAAAAGGUUGUCUGUGCUGCUGGUGGACUGCAGGAAAACAACGGGGCUGAGUGGAACUGUGAGAGGAGGAGAAAAGAAGAAAGGAUCAGAUUUGACUCAUCAAAAAAUUGACCGGCAGAGUGACACAGAAGGAAUGGAUGAGGACUCUGUGAGUGACCACAGUUAUGAUUCCAGCGCGGAAGAAAUGUUUUUGGAAGGAAAAGAUCCACUUUUAGAUCAUGCCAGGGACUCUGAUGAACAAUGGGAACCCCCAAUGUCAAGGUGUUCAUCCCCCACUAAUUCAGACGCUGAAGCUGGUUCAUCCAGCCGGACCCCUGCUGUCUCCGGCUCCACACCUUCCCCCGCCCGGCCAUCUAGAUGUGUGAAGAGGCCAGCCCAGAAGCGGAGGAGGGCCAGUGAACCAGCGGUAACUACCAGCGAGGCAGAGGACCGCUGGCACACCGUGCUAGAAGAUGAUGUGGAGCUACUUCCACCAACAUUUAGACCGAAAAGACAGCCAGGACCUCAGCUGGACAUGACUGCAAAGUACAGCCCCCUUCAUCUUUUCCAGAUGUUUUUCUCCUUGUCAGUUCUGGAUUCGCUGGUGUCUAACACCAACAAGUACGGGGCUAAGAAACAAGCAGGCAAGAAAGAGGCAUGGAAGCCCAUUUCCAUCCAAGACCUGUACUGUUACAUCUCACUGGUUAUUUACAUGGGGCUUGUGAAGUUCGAACACCUCAAGGACUACUGGAGAACGUCAACACUCUACCAACUGCCUUUCCCCACCACUGUCAUGUCUUGUAAAAGGUUUCUGACUAUCUCACGGGCGCUUCAUAUCAGUGACCCACAAGCUGACGAUGACAAUGACAAGAAGAGAGGCACAGCAAGCUUUGAUAGGCUCUGCAAAAUCAAACCUCUCUACCCCAGCAUGGUUGAGGCCUGCAAGACCCAUUUUCAGCCCAACCAGAACCUGUCCAUAGAUGAGAGGAUGGUAUCCUCAAAGGCUAGAAUUGGCCUCAAACAAUAUAUGUGUAACACGCCGACAAAAUGGGGGUACAAACUGUUUGUUUUGGCCGAUUCUGUGUGUGCCUACACUUGGAAUUGUUUUGUUUACGAGGGGAAAUCCAUCUCAGACACCGGUAAGGGACUUAGUUAUGAUUCUUUUAUGGAAUUAUUGGAUUUUCAACUGCUGGGGACGGGCUACAAACUGUUUCUGGACAAAUUCUACACAAGCCCUACCCUGUUCACAGACCUGAGGAAGCUGGAUGUGUGGGCUUGUGGGACCAUUUGUACCAACCGAGUAGGUUUUCCCAAAACAAAAGUGAAUGACAUGCCUAAGAGGGCUGAUAGGGGUACCAUGAGAUGGAUUCGUAAAGAUGACCUGCUCUUUGUAAAGUGGAUGGAUACCAGAGAGGUGGUCAUGUGCACCACUAUCCACAAAUCCUUCAGUGGCGAUCACGUCGUCAGGCGUGUGAAGGACACUAAUGGGGCACGGACCACUAAAAAUGUCCCCAUUCCUGCUGCUGUGAAGGACUACAACAAGAGCAUGGGAGGUGUGGACCUGUCAGAUGCUCUGAUAGGCUACAACAAUGUUCUCCACAUGACAAGGAAAUGGUACAGGACAGUGUUCUAUCACUUCAUUGACAUUGCUGUGGUGAAUGCAUUCGUCCUCCAGAAGGAAAUGGCUAAGAGCUCUGGACAGACCUCCAUGACACAGCUAGCCUUCAGAGAGCUGCUCAUCCGGGAGCUUGCUGGCUACGGCACAAAGUCCACUGCAGCACCUUCUGUCCCCUCUACUCCUGUCACCAGUGUUGUUCACAUGCCAAAAUUCAUAACUGCAGGCAUGAAUAUGCCUCGGAGCCAAUCGGCCACAGCAUGGAGGCGUUGUUGUGUUCUUUGUCGCAUGAAGUCCCCCAUCACCUGCAGCACUUGUUCAGUUUGCCUCUGCUUUACAGCAGAAAGAGACUGCUAUUGGACAUGGCAUCAGCAGCACGAUAUUGUGUAGAGGACUGAGGGUCUUCCAAGGGUUUACCCUUGUUUUUUAAAAUAUUUUUUUAAAACAUUUUUAUUUUAUAAAAUGGUGUUGUUAGAAUAGCAUUUUGUUAUGUUGUGUAUAUAGUUAUUUGCAUAAAAAUGUAUCACUUCACCAAUUUGGCCAACUUGUGUGACUUCAUGCUAACUGUCAUGUUGCUCGCUCAUUCCUGAAGUUAUCAGUCUGACACUUUGCACAACUACUGUUGCCCUCUUGUGUUGUUCUAUAUAGGUAUUUUCUUGAAUGUAUCAAUUUGGCCACUUGGGUACAUUUGGGCAACUCGUGUGGGACACCUGGGUGACUUCAUACUAAAUGUCAUGUAACUCGCUCAUUCCUGAAGUUAUCAGUCAAACUUUGCACAUAUACUGUUGCCCUGUUGUGGACAACAUAUAAAUGAUCCCCAGCGUCCAUCUCAAUGUAUGUCCUUUCUUAUUUCAAAGAUGAUCAAAUAAAAAUUGAAAACAUG